UAAAAGAGAAUCUAAGUGUGCCGGAGAAUCGAACCGCCGGCCUCUAGCUCCACGAGAAAAGCUCUCUUUUGCGCUCUCCCAAACCCUAGGAGGAGCGCGCACGGCGAGGAACAGGAAUGACGAGCCCGCGGGAGGAGAGCGUCUACAUGGCCAAGCUCGCCGAGCAGGCCGAGCGCUACGACGAAAUGGUGGAGUUCAUGAAGAAUGUCGUCAAGGCCGUGGAUGUGGAGGAGCUCACAGUCGAGGAGCGCAAUCUCCUGUCGGUGGCGUACAAGAACGUCAUCGGCGCUCGCAGGGCUUCCUGGCGGAUAAUCUCCUCCAUCGAGCAGAAGGAGGAGAGCAAAGGCAAUGAGGAUCAUGUGUCCAUGAUCAAGGAGUACCGCGCUAAGGUGGAGGCGGAGCUUAGCACUAUCUGCGACAGCAUUCUCAAGCUCCUGGAUAGCCAUCUCAUCUCCUCUUCCGCGAGUGGCGAGUCCAAGGUUUUCUACUUGAAGAUGAAGGGCGACUAUCACCGAUACUUGGCCGAGUUUAAGACCGGUGCCGAGAGGAAAGAGGCUGCCGAGAACACUCUCCUCGCGUACAAAUCCGCGCAGGACAUCGCUCUUGCGCAGCUGCCUCCUACGCACCCGAUUCGACUUGGACUCGCUCUCAAUUUUUCGGUCUUUUACUACGAGAUUUUAAAUUCCCCGGAUCGUGCUUGUACUCUUGCCAAACAGGCAUUUGACGAGGCAAUUGCCGAGCUGGACACUUUGGGAGAGGAAUCUUACAAGGAUAGUACUCUGAUUAUGCAGCUGCUGCGCGAUAAUCUAACGCUGUGGACCUCAGACAUGCAGGAGGAAGGUGCCGGCGAGGGAAAGGACGAAAAGCCGUGAGUAAAAUAAUACGUUCGAAUUUCGUUUUCUAUGCUGCUAGCUAGCUGUUAGACACCUCUCUCUUUCCUGCCUUGGUACUGUUGAUUUUUUUUGGUUCCUGAAUACAUUAUUUGGCUUGCACUAA